GAGUGUGUGUGCACAACUAGGAAGGGCUGAGGGUACCGUGUUAGCUUUGACAUCCACAGGCAAGCAUGGCCGCUGUUCACCGUCUGGUUAUUGUCCGCCAUGGGGAGAGCUCCUGGAACCAGGAGAACCGCUUCUGCGGCUGGUUUGAUGCGGACCUCAGCGAGAAGGGUGUGGAGGAAGCCAAGCGAGGAGCCCAGGCCAUCAAAGAGGCUGGCAUGAAGUUUGACAUCUGCUACACCUCUGUGCUUAAACGUGCCAUCAAGACCUUGUGGACCAUCAUGGAGGGUACGGACCAGAUGUGGCUGCCCGUCAUCCGUACUUGGCGCCUCAAUGAGCGUCACUACGGUGGCCUCACUGGGCUCAACAAAGCCGAGACGGCCGCCAAGCACGGUGAGGAGCAAGUGAAGAUUUGGCGUCGCUCCUUUGACAUCCCACCCCCACCCAUGGACAAGGACCACCCUUAUCACUCCAUCAUCAGUGAGUCCAGACGCUACAAGAACCUGAAGGCUGGUGAGCUGCCUACGUGCGAGUCCCUGAAGGACACCAUUGCCCGCGCCCUGCCUUUCUGGAACGACGUCAUCGCUCCUGAAAUCAGAGCCGGAAAGAACGUGAUCAUCGCAGCCCACGGCAACAGUCUCCGCGGCAUCGUCAAGCACUUAGAAGGCAUGUCUGAUGCUGCCAUCAUGGAGCUGAACCUGCCCACUGGAAUCCCCAUUGUGUACGAGCUGGAUGCAGACCUGAAGCCCGUGAAGCCAAUGUCCUUCCUGGGGGAUGAGGAGACGGUGAAGAAGGCCAUGGAGGCCGUGGCUGCCCAGGGCAAAGUGAAGAAGUGAAUACCUGUCAAAUCAAGCAGACAGCCAGUCCGAAAAAUAACUACGGUACAUCCAUCUCAACACCUGCACACCCCUCAGUUGUUUUAAGUUGUGGUCAAACCCACCACCCUGGCACAAACAAUAAAGAAAC